AUGGAUGUUUUAAAGUUUAUAGGAGGCAUUAAUAAUGAUUAUGAGAAAAACGGAAAAAACGAAGAAACCGAAACAGGUGAAUAUAAUAAAUUAGUAAACCAAGAAAUGGAGAAAACAAAAUAUGUUAGCAAUAAUUAUAAAAUUCAUUGGAGGGAAAGAAACCGAAUUGAAAAACUUGAUGCAAAAGAAAAAGAUUUAGAAAAAGAAUUUUAUAAAAGAGAAAAAGAAUGGCUAGAAUUAGAAGAACAAAUUAAAAAAGAUACAUACAAAGAAUGGAAUAAGUUUAUGCAAAUAAAAAAAAAAGAUAUUGCUAAGCUUAUCGAAUUAGACUUAAAAGGAGAAAAUGAAGAUUCAAGUAUGUCAAGUUCAAAAAGAAGAGAAAGCAGGAGAUCAAAGAGAGCAAAAGAAAAAAAAUUAGAUGAACAAGAUAGAUUAGAUGAAGUAAAAGAAUUGGAAGAAGCACAAAAAAAAGGAGAACAAAUAAAGGAUAUUGAUAUAACAAUGAAAGAAAAAGAAGAAACAGUAGAAAAAAACGACAAACAAAAUAGUGAUAAUACCGCUCAAGUUAAGGCAAAAAAAGGUGGCUUUUUCGCUACUGCUUUUUCAUAUGUAUUUGAUAAUAGUAAAGAUAAACAAGAUGACAAUGCCACGGAUUAUUCUGAAAAGGAAGAAAAUGAAAAUCAUGACACCAAACAGUUAAGCCAAAAUGAAGAUGAGAAAAAUGAAAAUUCUGAAGUCGAAAAGGAGAAUAAUGAAUCUAAUGAAGAUAAAGAAAACAAUACCAAUAAAAAAAAAGGUCCAAAAAGUAAGCGAAAAAUUGCAACUAGCGAAAAUGCACAAAAUGAAGAAGAAGAAGAAGAUAAUGGUAAAAAUAGUAAAAAAGUACGUGGUAGAAAUAAAAAAACAUCAAAGACAGAAGAUAAUGAAAAUGUAGAAGAUAUUGAAUCUCUAAAGAAUGACCCUAUAAUAGCAUAUGAACUAGAGACAGCAUUUCCGAAAAAAAGGAGAGGAAAAAAUGAUACAGCUAAAACAAUUGAUAUAAUUAAAAAAUCAGCAAAAAUAUUAGAAAAAAUACCUUCCGAAGAAGAAGAUAUUUUUAAUUACCCAAUCGAAUGGGAUAUAUUAAAAUCAAAAGAUAAUAUUAGUAUAAAAUUGAAACCAUGGAUAUAUAAAAAAAUAACAGAAUAUAUAGGGGCAGAUGAAAAAGAAGUGAUAGAAGAAAUAAGCAAUUUUUUUGUCGAACAAAUAUUAAAAGAAACUGCACCAAAAGAUAUGCUUUCCGAAGCGGAAAAGUUUUUAGAUUCAGAUGGAAAGAAAUUCAUUAUUAAUAUGUAUAGACUCAUUAUUUUUGAACAAUUAAAAAUACAAAAUAAUAUGUAA